GUUAACCUCGGUCGAGUUCGGUUUAAUCUGACGAACACGAACCUAACCUCUCUUCUCUAUCCUUUUAUUUCUUCUCUAACGUGCUUACUAACGUUUGACAUUUGCCUUUGUUUUGUUUCGUUUCGUUUCGUCUACUUUUUUCUAUUUUUAUUUUUUUUUUUUCCUCUCCACUAUUUGUCCUUCGUCAUACAUACGUACUAUAUAUUUCAUCGAUCGAAUAUGCGAACGAGUAUGACAAAUACACUUUUAUCUUUAUUACUUUUUACAUGAUUUAAUAAAUGGUCUACGCUAUGUCAGGAGUUUUCUAUUGGAGUAAUAAAAACGUUUAUAGAGUAUAAGGGGAAAGAUUUGUAAAAUACGACAACAAUAAUAACAAAUACAAUCGCAAAACUGGCGAACCUGGCGAAUCUCGCGAGUUGCGUAUCUACGAUGAUAGACGACGAGGAGCAGGAGGAGCUCCGUUGUACCGGAAGUGACGUAGAAAUUGAAGAAUAUACCGAUACAGAAGAAUCACCGUACGUCGGCGCUUAUCGUGCCAGUUCCGAUAAGCUAUUCGACCGAAGUAGAGCGACCUGGCAAAAAUUCACCUUUCUAAUCACCCUUCUCACCGUGGUUACAUCCGUAACAGUUCUUGUUAUCGGUUUUCCACUUUAUCUCGAAAGCAUCAGUGCCGUAUCCAACUCUUACACUGGUCUUCUCUUCAGUGCACUCGGGUCUGCUUGUAUUCUCGGGUUCGUCUACGUCGUCAUGGAAAAAGUCUCUCCGCCUCCACCUUUGGUGCCAAACUCGAUGAGAAUAAGGAUACCACGUUGCAUCCUAAUCAAAAUAAGCACGCUCUAUGCUCUCUCUGGUAUUCUUGUUGCACUAUCUCUCGAUCAAAAUCGAGUUCUAUGUCAUCUUCAGGAUCCGAUAAAGGGCAUUACUCUACUUUUCUCAUUGGUUUACUAUUUCUUCUUCUCUCGAAAAAUGAUGAGCCUUCAACGAAUAUUCGCAAGCACGACGAUAAUAGUAGGCUUGUUUAUAAGUGUCGACUAUGGUCUUUGCGAUGAAUUUCGUUGUCGGGGAAGAGAAGUGUCGGCGCAUACAGCGACAAUGAGAGGAUCCUGGGGCGUCAGAGCUGUCUGGACUUUUGUUUACGUCGGUGCAUUGGCCGCUUUCGCGAUGUUCUUCACUAUGCUCGAGCGUCAUUAUACUACCGGGCAACAAAAUAUUUGUCAAUUGCUGACAACUCAGCCGAGUUCUUUCCUAUACACCGUUUCUCGCUUGGUCUCCUCGCGUGACAUACGACGAAGAGGAUCGGAGGAGGAGGGUGGUAGAUUGUUGCACGUCACGGACCCAGAUCCAACUAUAAAGCCGAAGAAUUAUCCGAAACCUCCCAUACUUCAGACCCUUUUCCACAUACAUGCCAUCGCAUUUUUUGCAAUCCUCACGCUCUGUUGGUUGGACACGUUGCCUGGUAUCGGUAGGGGUUUAUCGCCGGUCGACUUGUAUCGUAUCGUCGAACACGGUUUGUCCUGUCACUUUAAAGCAAUUGAUUCUUGCUCAAACGUAUCCAGCCACGCAUGGAUUUGUCUUUUAGCUUAUGUAAUUUUUAUCAUCUCGUCGAUAAACUUUCUUUCGAUGUGUGAAAGUGCUGUAUUUACUGUCGCAGCGGCUACAGUAUCUCUUCCUUUAUCUGGAAUUUGGUGGAGCAUUUACAAAAUGAACGUCGGUGCUAACGGCGGUUUCAUCGAAUGGUCACCUGGAGUAACUGGCGAAUUAAUUUGUGCUUUACUCGGUCUUCCGAUUGUACUCCUUGGCUUGGGCUUACUCGUCAGAUCUCACUUCAGGGAUAAUCAAGCUUAUUAUCAAACUAUACAACCACCUGAUAUACAACACGAGCCACCAUGCCAUAGAUGAAUCCUUCCUAUAUUAUUUUUUUUCGCAUAAAUAUAUAAAUAUAUAUAUGCUAUAUUAAUAUAAUUGAGAACGAAAAAGAAAAAAAAUAGGAUGAGAGAUGAUAGAUAGAUCGAUCGAUCGAUUUCAAAACAUAACAAACAAACUGAAGCUACAAAUUAGUCAAACCGAAGUUUAUUAUCUUAUUAUUAGCAUAAUAUAAUUGUUGCUAAUAAGUAUAUUAUAUUAAUCUUUACUUAAUCGUACAUUCAUACACAUGAAGAUUACGUACUUUUACGUAAUUGAUUAAAUUUAUAAUCGUUCGCAAAAAGGUUUUCAGAUAUGUACAUAAGGAAAAACCCAGAUGCGAUUCCUUUAAACGUUUGACAAUUUUUUGAAGAAAAAGAUAGAAAAAAUAGAGAGAGAGAGAGAGAGAGAGAGAGAGAGAGAGAAGACAGAGACAAAAAAAAUCGUUAAAAUAAAAAAUAACAAGGAAAAAAAGAUACAAAAAGAAAAUGAAAAUAAGAAAAUUACAAUGAAAGAACAAUGAAAGUGUUUUAAUUUGUCGCGGCAGGGGUGAAUGGGGCGGACGGUAGGAGGAGGGCUGAUUAAACGAUCGUUUUUUCCUAUAUAAUGCCAACAUACAUAAUAAAACAAAACAAAAAAAAACAAAAAAAGAAAAUAUCCGUCGAGCCAGAACGUUAUUGCCAGUUUAUAUUUUAUUUUGAUAAAGAAGCAUUCCGAAGAAAAAC